AUGUCCGUCGACCUCAACCCGCACGUCCAGCUCGGCUUCCCGAGACCCCUGACGCAGCUCGUGAAGCGCUCGCUGCAGGUCUCGAACCCCAACUCGCAGCCCGUGGCCUUCAAGGUCAAGACGACGGCGCCGAAGCAGUACUGCGUGCGCCCCAACUCCGGCCGCAUUGAGCCGGGAGAGAAGGUGGAGGUGCAGGUCCUGCUGCAGCCGAUGAAGGAGGAGCCGCCGACGGCCGCCAAGUGCCGCGACAAGUUCCUCGUGCAGUCGACGAUCAUCACGCCCGAGCGCGAGACGACGUCGCUCAACGACCUGUGGGGCAUCGUGGAGAAGGAGAACAAGAACGAGAUCCACGAGCAGAAGAUCCGCUGCGCCUUCCUGCCCGCGGCCAGCGCGCCGGUGCCCGAGGAGGGCGAGGAGGUCGGCUCGAGCAUGACCAACGGCGGCGACGACAAGUACUCGACGGUCCGCGGCACGCCGUCGCGCGCCAACGGCACAUCGCCGAACAACGACGACGGCAGCUUCUCCUCGCCGGCGCAGAACGGCCAGACGCUGAACCCCAUUGCCGCCGCACAAAACGCCGUCGCCAACACGGACGGCGGCGUGCUGGCCUCUACGCGCAACGCAGCCGUCGCGGCCGGCGGCGCCACUGUCGCGGCCGGCGGCGCAGCGCUCGCGGCGACGAAGAACGCCGGCUCGCGGGCCGUGGGCGGCGAGAAGAGCUCGGCAGACCUGCAGGCCGAGAUCAAGCGCCUGCAGAGCCAGCUCGACGCGGCGGGCCGCAAGGGCGCCCAGCAGGUGCAGCAGGCCGCCGACGGCGUCAGCCUGCAGGUCGUCGGCGUGCUCAUGUUCGCCUCGCUGCUCCUCGGCAUCUGGCUCUUCUAA